GUUUGUGUGGAUGUGAUUGUUUCGCUGCCUAUGUAGUGUUUGAUGUAGUGUAGAAGCAAAUUGGGCGUUGUUGGCUUUAGUGGUAUACUUCAAUGAAAAAUACAAAUCGUAAAAAUGUGUUGUUUGGAAAGAUGUAAUUCACAUUUACGUGGACAUGAGCAGUAGUAUACGCAUGUGUAUAUGAAACCUUACAAUGAAUUAAGUGUUACUUUUACGUAGUAUCCUUUUCCAUUAUACGUUUAAUUGAUUUUAUGCAAGACUAUUUUAAAACAUAUAAGUAAUGCCGGAGCAAAGUAACGAUUAUCGCGUUGUAGUUUUCGGUGCAGGUGGCGUGGGUAAAAGUUCUCUGGUACUACGUUUUGUAAAAGGAACGUUUAGGGAGUCAUACAUACCGACAAUCGAGGACACAUAUAGACAAGUGAUAAGUAGUAACAAGACAAUAUGCACGCUGCAAAUAACGGAUACGACGGGGUCGCAUCAGUUUCCUGCGAUGCAAAGGUUAUCUAUCAGCAAGGGCCACGCGUUCAUAUUAGUCUACUCCGUGAGCAGUAGACAGUCUCUUGAGGAGCUUAAGCCAAUAUGGCAGACGAUAAAGGAGAUAAAGGGCGCCGAUCUGCCGAGUAUCCCCGUGAUGCUGGCAGCAAACAAGUGUGACGAAAGUCCAGAAAUCAGAGAAGUUUCUGCGAGUGAGGGGCAGGCUCAGGCACAGAUGUGGGGCGUCUCCUUUAUGGAAACAUCUGCUAAAACGAAUCAUAAUGUCACACAGCUUUUCCAGGAAUUACUGAACAUGGAAAAAAAUAGGAACGUUUCCCUUCAAGUAGAUGGCAAGGGAAAGAAAAAGAAAGACAAAGUAGUGAAAGACGGCGGCGAAGCUUCAGCGAGCGGAAGGGAAAAGUGCUGCGUCAUGUAGUGAUACAGCGGGUAACCCUUCACUUUGUUAUAAGUAGAUCUAUUACCUUGUACCUAAAAUUAUUCAGUCACAUUAAAUCUAGUCAUUAUUAAGUCAUAUCUCGAUGAUUUCGCACGACAUAGCAUAAUUAUUAUAACGCAUGA